CCCAGAUGUGAGCGCAUCUGCGGCGGGCAAACCCCUCUGUCCUCAGGGCAGGCAGUUUGGGCAUGCUUGGAAACGGAAAGGGGGGCGGGGGGAAAGCAUUUCCCACGUUCGUGUUCACAGCGCACAUACCCUGCCUUUUGCAUGUUGCACAGAUGUUUAAUUACUAAAUUGGAAAGGUGUGAGAGGCAACCCAUUUUUUUUCCCCCCACCUGAGAGACCGAAAUGAAACAUCCUGGGACAGAAUGGGACAGUCACCUUGCUACAUCCCUCCCCUUACCUUCAGAGAGGGAUCAUCUUCGACCCAGGAUAGAUCUGGUUGUGUUUAUGAUUGACAUCAAGAGCAAAUACAGCUUGAAGAAUGUUGAAACUUCCCUAGCUUAUGUGGAUGCCAGCUACUUCCUGGGGAAAGUGUGCUUUCUUGUUACUGGGGUUGGCAGGAAGAAUGAUUGCAGCAUUGAGACGAACGCUGUCUGUAAAUUAGGAGAAGCCUACUGCAGUCCUGUGCUAUUCUGUGAGCUGGAGUUGGAAGGUGUUCGAGUUGCUACUGCUCAACGACUUGUGCGGAUGUUAGGGAUCUGCGCUGGUCACAUACCGGGAGUUUCUGCCUUGUCCUUUGUCUCGCUGAUGAGGAAGUCUAAUGAUGAUUAGCUUCUCAUUGUGAUACUUCACACACAUUCAUCAGGUUUUUUUCAUGUCAGGCAUUCAAGCUGCUGCAGUUGGAAUCACAUUGGGAAGCUUUUUUUGAGUGACUGGUCAUGGCCACUCAUCCAGAACUGUUCCUAGUUGCUUACCUCUCGAUAAAAGUUUGAUUCCUAUUCAGUGGAUAACAUAUAGGGAGGGCAGUUUGAAUUGGGGAUUCCCAUCCAUUAGUACCUCUGAAUCCCAUUUCAUGAUCAAGUUUGAGUUUUUUUCCACUUGGCCAGUGGCCAGGAGCUAUAUGUUUUUCUGAGAGAAUAUUAGAAGAACAGGCUACUGUCUCCAGAGAUGAGGCAGCAGGCUCCUUCUUCCAGUUGAAAUGCAGCACCUUAGUCUAAUGUGAAACCUUGCUGCCAGGUUUUCUGUCCACCAAGAGAAGAAUGGGGAAGGAAGGCUGGCCUGCAGCUUCUAGAUAGACUGCACUUGGCAGUUAAUGAUCCAGCUGUGUGAGCAUCUGCCCAGCAAAGGACUCACUAUUUCCAUGUCUGGUCCCUAAUUGGGAAGGAAGUGACUAAAGAAGAUAAACAAUCUAGCACUUUUUCUUCAAGGAUCUAAAAGAAAGCUAAAGACUCCACCUGUCAAGCCCAAAGACAACCCCAGUAGUGCAGCCUCUGGGGCUGACCAGAGGUGAAACCCAGCAGCCAGGACCACAGCAGCACACAGAAAACAGGUUGUCUCAGCUGGUUUGGCAUAAGCUGUGUAUAAUCCCUUUACUAACAGGUUCUGACCAGCUGGAAGUUCUGCCUUGUACUUACUGCAAGUCAUUAAGGUUUGAGAGUUGUAAUUUAAUAAAACAAGUAAUAUGUAA